UUUGCAGAUUUAUAUUCUCGCAUUUCUUUUCCACUUCUCUCCCUCCCACUCCUCCCUCAAUGCAAUUUUCUUCAUCAGGCGGUGUUAAUUCCUUACUUUCCACUUCUUUAAGUCCUUGCGCGAGUGAGGUAAGUCUUCCUCGUGUUAUUUCGCCUCUUUUACAACGGCAUUCGGAAGAGCAACCCGAAAGUGAAGAACAAGAUUUAAUUAAAAAUCGCCGUCGAACAGCUAGUUUCAAUGAACAACAAUUUAAACACAAAUAUUUGCCUUCAAAUUCAUUAACAGCAUCUCUUUCCACUAAAAUGGUUAGGCAAUCGAGUGUGGAAAGUACUGAAAGUUGUUCUGUUCCUCCUCCUCUUCCUGUUGACUUUUUUCAAGGAAGUCUUCUUGAAAAGGUUUUUAGAAGCAUUAAAAAGUUAUUCAGAAUAUCAGAAGGAUUGGAAAUAUAA